AUGGAGGUGGAUUCUUGGAAGAAUGAGGUCAAGCGACAUCUGAAUGGGCUGGUUCAAACCUUUAAGCAGCGGAAUGAUUCAAAGGCGCUUGCGGAAUAUUUCAUAAGUGUGGGUAAUGAUUUGGAUCAAAUGGAACCCUUGAACUUCGAGGCAUUUCAACAGUUCUGGUAUCGUCACAAACGAGUCGUUGCUUUACAAGAUGUGAAGAGGCAAAUCUCAAACCGCUCGAGACAUGCACGCAACGAGAUAUCGGAUAAAUCAAGCGAAAUAUCGUAUACAUCAAGGAAAGCAGAAAAUGAGUUUGAUGGCGAUGAAAUUCUGUCUAUUACUGAUAGUUGGGAUAUAGGGUCUGAGAGGCUGCUGGAACUAAGGAGUGAAAUAAAAUGGUGCCUGGAAGAGGAUCAAGAUUUUUUUAGCGCUGAUCAGAUGAGCAAUUCUCCCAGUCCAGGAAACGAGCUAGCCGAAGCUGGAAGGGCCUUUGAUGAAGCUGAAAAAGAUGCAAAUGGUGCCUACAGAGUUCUCAAAAAACAAGUGCUGGCCUUGAAGCUUCGGGCAUUGGUACCUGAGGCCAUAUUGCAUUGUACAGGCAGUUCCAUCCCCAAAAACAAACGCGUUACUACUUACCUCGCGGAGAAGUGCUGGUCAAAUCUCCCUGCUAGAGUACAGAAAGAGAAGCAUGAAAAGCUCGCGCGAUGGCGCGGUCAUGGAGAGAAAUGGCUUUCACUUAAAGAACCUGCAAUUGUUCUAGCUUUCAACCAUGUGCCAAGUGACCAUCGCAGCUUCAACGAUUUCGAACGACGUCGUUUCCCGAUGGCUGCGUUCGAUGCCGUUGUCGGUACUAUGCAGGCCGUGAGUAUCAUCCAUGACUUGCGAAGGUUGUGGUGCCGACAAUUGAUUCGAAAGCGAGUCAAGUUCGAGUUUCACCCAGAACAGUGUUUCUGCCAAGGCCAUGGCACCGAUACCGCGUUUGCUGAAGGGGCAGUAGCUUCGUCAAUAAUAAAUCAUUCACCAGCCCAUGGCACAGUGGAGCCGCAGUGUUCCGAAGAACCUGCAGAUGAUAUGGAGCAGGCGCACACUUUCCAAAAAACACAGUUUGAAUUUUCUUUCACUGCAUCUAAUAAACGAUCGUGUUUACAGCCCCAUUGCGCAAGUAACGAGACAAGAGAUACUCUGUUUGCUUCUAUAAAUGGCAACGGGGGUGAGCACUCCUCUAGAUCAAGCAUAACAGAACCCCCUCCACCUGUACACUCACCCGAAGCCGAAGAAACACCAGCCGUCUUGAAUAACAUAAGAGCACCACCUGAUAUCCUGCCACAUAGUAAGUUGUUAUUGAUUUACCUAGCUAAACUACGUGCUAAACCCUUUAGCACAUGA